UACCCUGGUAAAGAACAUUAGCUAGGUGGACUCCUGAUGACUAAAAUUCUUAAGAAUUGUCUUUGUAAUUUCAUUUUGUCUUUUCAGACAUGGAAACAUGUAUCAGUUGCCCAGCAAAUAAGUAUCCAAACCAAGACCAGGAUAAUUGCAUUCCUAAGAUACCAAACUUUCUGGGCUUUGAUGAAACUUUAGCCAUCAUUUCAACUUCCUCUGCACUAUUGUUCUCUCUGAUCACAGCUCUAGUGUUGGACAUCUUCAUUAAGCACAAGGACACCGUAAUUGUCAAAGCCAACAAUAGAAGCCUGACUUACAUUCUCCUUGUGUCCCUCCUCUUGUGUUUCCUCUGCUCCUUGAUGUUCAUUGGAACACCUAAGCAGGCAACCUGCCCACUCCGACAAACAAGUUUUGGCAUCGUCUUCUCUGUGGCCCUGUCUAGCAUCUUGGCCAAAACCAUAUCAGUGGUUUUGGCAUUCAUGGCUACCAAGCCAGGAUCCACAAUCAGAAAGUGGGUAGGCAAAAAACUGGCUUAUUCAAUUGUCCUCUCUGGCUCCACUGUUCAAGUGGGGCUCUGUGGUCUUUGGCUGGCAACUUUCCCCCCAUUCCCAGAUUUGGACAUGAAAUCAAUGAGUGAAGAAAUUAUAUUCUUAUGUAAUGAAGGGUCUGUCCACAUGUUCUACUGUGUUUUGAGCUACAUGGGCUUCCUGGCCACUGUCAGCUUCACUGUGGCUUUCCUAGCCAGGAAGUUACCUGACAGCUUCAAUGAAGCCAAGUUCAUCACCUUCAGCAUGCUGGUCUUUUGCAGUGUUUGGAUCUCCUUUAUUCCAACUUACCUGAGCACCAGAGGAAAAUACAUGGUGGCUGUAGAGAUCUUCUCCAUCUUGGCUUCUAGUGCUGGAUUACUGGCUUGCAUCUUUUUCCCCAAAUGCUACAUUAUUCUUGUGAGGCCAGACCUGAACACCAGAGAACAUCUAAUGCAAAGAAAGAUAUAAAUAAUAUAAAAAUUUGUAGUUCUAUGAUUGUUCUUAAUUUUCAACACUGAAAUGUCAAAAAUGUGAAGGAAUGAGGACAUGUGACCAAAUGAAAAUAUUUCAGCUGUUUUGUGCUCUGUUUCUGGGCUGCAAAAUUGUUGCAUGUUAUUUUAAGAGGCCAUUCAGACCAAAUGAGGCAAAUGUUCACAUAACCUUCUGAACUUCAACUGAAGACAAUGAAACUCUGAAAUUGAAAGAGAAACAUCAACAUUAUUCUAUAGUUUUUCUGAUUAGACAGCUAACGUAAAUGAAGUUAAGUAUUAGAGUUGUUUUUUACUAAGUGGUAUAUUAAUUAUUUAAGAAACUAAAUAAAAAAGCUAUGUUAUAUUAGUGAGGCCUUAAUUCAACA